GCGGGACAAAUGGUGAAACUCAGCUAAACUUUUUUCUGCACUCAUAUUUAGGUUGUUAGUCAGUUAACUAGGUGGCUGACCAAAAGCAUACACUUAUUUUUUAAAGUUUAUUUUAAAUUGGUAAUUUCACAGCAUCUUUCUGUGUAUUUUAUUCGGGAGAUAGCCUAUCUGAACAUUUCUAGGUUACAUUUAAGAACCAAACGGGACGCUAUAGGCUAUUUUAUCGGGCCAGCAAAUACAAUCCGUUUAACCUUUUCACUGCAUGAUUUAAAAAAAAUAAUAGUUACUAAUUAAGCACUGCAAUCGUAUGCUCCAAUUUUUUUGUAAUAAUCGCACUGGUCAUGAAAUGCUAGCUAUUGACAAAUUGAGUUCCACUGGGGUACAGAGGAGAAAUUAACACCAUCCUUCUGUGGCAAAAAGGAGGAAAAUGUCAAGUGUUCUGCUGGAUUUGCAAAACUUGAACCAGAAAACCCAAAUCAGCUCUAUUUGUGACUGGGGUUCAGAAAAUGAAAAGGGAGAUGCAUUCACUGAGCCAUAUGCACUGACAAAAACACCAGGAAAGCAGCCUCUCUCUCACACAUUAUCAACCGAGUCAACAUACAAAAUGGGGUCUCUGACAACACCCACAAAAGGGAAAGAUAAUCCUGUUUGUGAACCCUGGACCCCAACCUCUAACCUGAAGAUCCUGCUCAGUGCAGCAAGUCCAGAGAUCAGGAACAGAGCAAAGGAGCUGUGUGUCAACAAACCUGAAAUUAUGGGGCCCGGCAACUGUUCUCAGGAGCCUGCGUUUGGGGAUGAAUCGGAGAAACUGCAAAUAAGCCGGAAAGAGAAGAGCCUGGGAUUACUCUGUCAUAAAUUUCUUGCACGAUAUCCAGAUUUUCCCAACCCUGUCCUCAGCAACAAUAUUUGCCUUGAUGAUGUGGCUGGGGAGCUUAAUGUGGAGAGGAGGCGCAUCUACGACAUCAUGAAUGUGCUGGAGAGCCUGCACAUGGUCAGCAGGCUGGCGAAGAACCGCUACACGUGGCACGGUCGGGCCAACCUGCUGCAGACGCUGGCCAUGCUGAAGAAGGUGGGGCAGGAACAGAGGUACAGCGAGCAGAUGCAGCACAUCAAGCAGAAGACUUUUGAGCGGGAGUGUGACUUCGAUGGGGAGGAGAAGGAGAACGAGGACGUGCAGGGUCUGCCUGACAGGGAAAACGAAUGGGGACAGAAGGAAAUGUUCUUUGUGGAGCUCCCGGGUGUGGAGUUCAGAGCGGCCUCGGUCAACAGCCGCAAGGAUAAGUCGUUGAGAGUAAUGAGCCAGAAGUUUGUUAUGUUGUUCCUCGUCUCCGCCCCUCCGGUGGUCAGUCUUGAAGUUGCCGCAAAAAUCCUCAUCGGCGAAGACCAGGUUGUAGACCUGGAUAAGAGCAAGUAUAAAACCAAGAUCCGCAGGCUGUAUGACAUCGCAAAUGUACUGAGCAGCCUCCAGCUAAUCAAGAAAGUUCAUGUCACGGAGGAAAGGGGUAGGAAGCCUGCUUUUAAGUGGACAGGUCCUGAGGACUUCCCAAGCAUCAAAGAGCCUUCUAGUUCAAUGUCUGGUGGAGCAGGCGCUUUGGAGUCCAAGAUGUCCUUAGAAAACUGUACAAAAAACCUUUUUCCCUCUUCUGGAGCAAAGCGCGGUUUCACUCGACACCCUUCGCUGAUCAAGCUAGCAAAAAGCAUUCAGGAAGACCGCAGGAAAAUCAACUCUGCCCCCACCAGCCCCAUUAAAGUACAUCCAAGUGAUUCAUCAGAUGCAGACCCUUAUCCAAGCAAAAUGGAUCAAUUGGCAGCCAUCUGCAAAAUACAGUUGGAUGAACAAUCAAAGAAAAGGGAAAAUAAAAAUCCUCCAGCACUAAAAACAGAGGGGAGGAAAACAAGGGAAAAUACUGGAGCAGCUGAAUCGGUAUUAACUAUUGAAGCAAAUGAUGACAAUACUGUUCAAGUGCAGUUCCCAUUUCAGCCUGCACAGGCGUUGCCAUGCAUACCUGUGUUGCUACCCCAACACGCUAUGGGCGGGUCCUAUGCUGUGUAUAUGCAACCGUCCUCUGUCAAGCCACAUCCAUCCGGCUUGGCUGUGCGGUCCAUGACGUUUGAAGAAAAGGGGGGUGAAAGUCCGAGCAGUUCCACAAAGGAGAGCAGCAUGCUAGAGAGAUCUGGUGAAAAACAUUUGGCCACUGGUGAGACACAGGCAGCGAAUCAGCAGCUUCAAAUACCUGACUCCACCCACUCACCCACAAGCCCAGCCUCCGCUUUCAAAAGGCCCUGCACUGACGUUCCUGAGAACAGUCCAUACAAAGCAUUGAAGACACAAAAUAUUUCAGAGCAGGGCUCUUCCCCUGAUCCAGUCAAGCUGGGCGAGAUGCUGCGAGCCCGACUAAAGGCACGCAGGGGCGUGGUCCCAAACCGCCCCUCCCCCCGAGCCCUGCACCUGGACCCCGAGUUCAUCAACACGCCCGAGAGCGCGGAGGUGGAGAGGCUGGACCGGAGCGUGGAGAAGUUUCUGGAGAAAGAGGAGGUGCUUUCUCCCUCCGACCGCGAAGCAGGCCUUACCCCCCUCCGAGCGGUCCCUCUGCAAGAAAUCACUGUGCUUCCCAGCAACCUGCACACUGAGACCCUGAUACCAACAGGCUAUCUGAUUCCCAUCUCCCAGCAGUCCCUCAUCCGCUUCAGGGACUCUCAGUGCCCUAAAGGGGAGAGUGUGUAUGCUUCUGCCCCCAACCACAAUGUGCACCAUACCCCCACAGCAGGAUCUGUGCCAGUGGGCGCUCAGGAAUUCACCCCUACGAGAUUCCCCAUCCAGCGGGCUCCCUCUGUGUCCAUCUCCCCGAUGGCGACUCUGGGCCAGCCGAGCCCCUCGCCGCUGCCCGGCCAGCGUGGACACAGCCCCAGCCCGUCCAUCAUCAACUUCACCCUGCAAAACCUGGGCUUGAUCCCCGCGGGCAGCCCGGGCAGCGUCCCCGCUGCCCACAGGCAGGCCAGCCCCGUGCCAACCCAGCUAGGCUUCCAGCAGGGAGGAGUGAUCUUUGUCAAGCCCUUGUCCCCCAUGCCCCUCCAGCACCCUUCGCCCGGGCAACCCCUGGCACUCCUCAGUUUACAGCAGCCUCUUAUGGCCACACCCAAAGGGACCCAGCCCAUCCAGCAGAGCUUCUUCCACACCCCGGGCUCUACGCUCUCCCCGCUGGCGACCGUGGUGAGCGCCGCCAGCCAAGCCACCUGCAAGACAGUUUACAUCCCUCAGAGGAAACUUGAAAUCAGCACUGAAGACACCUUGAGACAAGAGCCCGUGCUACUAAACGACCUGUAUCAGUGAGCCUUCCGGAACGUCGAGCAAUAAAAACCUGUUUGGUUUGAUGCUGUCCUCUCUGUGUUACUGUGGUGCGGGUCAGUGGUUCGAACACUGCCACGACGCAGACAGCCAUACAGUAUUCAGACCUGCCAACGUGUGCAUUUUGCGUACCAAGUAUGCAUUUUGAGGCCAAAACUAUGUGGAUAUGUUAGUUUGUAAGAAACUUGAAAUUUGAUGGGUCAUAAUAAUAGGAAUGUUAAUUUUCUGUCUGGGUUUUUACUUUUUUUUUUUAAAACGAAAAUAUGCAUUGUUUUUCAAAUUUAUUUACAAUGAACAUAUUUAUAUGCAUGUUUUUUAUUUUAUUUUUAAAAAAUCCUGACCUGCAGCAGAUGAAACCAUCCCCUUGGACUGUAAGUGUUAUUUUAUAGACACAUGUCAAGUGGAGUUGAACAUGGUCCUCGCAUUAAAGUGCCAUAGAUAUGUGUCACACAAAACUGUAGUGGGCAUCUGAUUUAAAUUCUGCAUGUUAAUAAAAUUUUUUGCACAUUUAACAUGUUAACUGUUACCUUGAAAGUAUCUUAAUUAUAUGUAAUAAAAUGUAUAAGAAUGUGAUGAAUAUCGGGUAGAUCAGGUAGUUAAUUUAUAGAAAAGAAUGUCUUUACAUUCAACAAAAUAAAAUAUUGUUUUUACAUCUG